UUCAGUAGAAACAUGCGAGCGGGAACGAGUGAUGAUAAUAUGAUGCUGCAAGUCAGUGAUGUAUUUUGUAAGAGGUUACCGAAAGUGGAGCUACAUGCCCAUCUUAACGGAUCACUUAGUACUAAAACUCUGAGAGAACUCGCCAACUUACAGAAAUCACUUUCAGGCAGUGAUGAUGCUGUUUGGAACAUACAGGAAGCCAUCAUAGAGCAUGGGCAGAAACGAACACUGGAAGAAUGUUUUCAACUGUUUGGUAUUGCACACUCACUGACAACUACACCUGCUGCUGUCUACAAGGCAACACAAGAUGUCAUCAAGGAAUUUGCAGAUGAUGGUGUUCUCUAUCUUGAACUUCGAAGUACGCCACGCAGUGUACCAGGAGUUAUGUCUAAGGCUCAGUACAUACAAGCAAUGGUGGAUGCUAUUCAAAAUUCCACUGAUGGUCAAAUCCUUGUAAAAUUGAUGGUGUCAUUAGACCGCCAGCAAGGACAAGAAUCUGCAAGUGAAACACUUGAUGCUGUUCUAACUGCACAUUCCCAGAAUCCUAAACUUAUUGUAGGACUAGAUCUGAGUGGAGAUCCAAUGAAAGGGUCACUGACAGAUUAUCUGCCAAGCUUGGCUCAUGCUAGGAAUGCUGGACUCAAGAUUUCCAUUCACUGUGCAGAGAUACCGAAUCCAGAUGAGGUGGAAAAGAUUUUGGACUUCCACCCUGAUCGUUUAGGUCACUGUACCUGCAUUCAUCCACUGUAUGGCGGAUCUCAGGAAUUAUGGAUUAAACUCUUGAACUCUCACAUUCCUGUUGAACUCUGCCUAACUUCUAAUGUUAAGUGUGGAACAGCAGAAAGCUACAAGAAACAUCAUUUUAUUCAUCUGUUCAGUGUUAAACAUCCUGUUGUUUUAGCAACAGAUGACAAAGGAGUUUUUUCUACCUCCCUCUCUGAGGAAUAUAUGCUGACUGCAGACAGCCAUGGCUUGUCAAGAGAACAACUGUGGCAGAUGGCCCUGUCUAGUAUAGAUUACACAUUUGCUUCUGAAGAAGAAAAGAAUCAGUUGAAAGAUAUGUUUCUGCAAAUUAAACAGCUAUCUGAUGUUCAAUAAAGCUUGUACACAC